UUUCCAACACUGCCGAUUUAGCGUCUCUGCAGCCUCGAAAAUUGCUGCAUUUUUUUUUUCUACUUUGAUAGAGACAUUUUCAGACUUCCAGCAAAACGAUGUCGCCGAAGACAAAGAAAAUGGUAGUCAAGAUCCCACGACACCCGUACUUCACCGUACAGGGCGAACGAAGCGUAGAAAGAGAGGUGGAGUACCAGGUGCGAAAGUGUCGUGUGAAUUUGGAGCGCAUUAAGUCCUCGAGCACCCCGACUUCUCGGCCAUUCCCGUUGAAACCAAAGCCAAAGAGAUGCAUUGUACGUGUGGCCCGACUGCCGAAUGUGGAACGCAGUGAGAUUUCCGUAACCCCGGCCAGCUCCAUAAUUAACUCCGACAUCGACGAGGGUAACUCCAGCGAAUAGCAACAAAUUUUUAGGACUAAAGACAGGCCCGACUUGUCCUCUUCAUCAUCACCUAUCCUCAGAAACCCUAACUACUCAAUUUGACUUUUAACUUGUCUAGUUAAAUAUGGGUUACCCGCAGCAUUCAAUCCGCGUAUCCAGUAAUUAUAAACCUCCUAAGACUGCGGAAGAGAUUCAUCUUAUACAAUACAACAAAAUUUAAAAUAAAUUUGAACUUUUAAUGCUGGAA